AUGUCUUUAUUAUCUGCCUUAACCUCAAUUUCAAAACCAAUGAACACUUCAUCUAAAUCAAGUGUAUCAUCAAAGAAUGCUUCUGGUUUAUCAAUGGGUUCAAAUUCAAUUGCAUGUGGUUCAUGUGGUGGUGGUAGUUAUGGUUAUCCAGGUGCUGGUUUACUUGCAAUUGUCGAUGUCAAUGUAAACAUUGAUAUUGAUAUCAAUCUCAGUGCAACCAGAAGUUAUUCAUGUGGUUGUAAUUAA